CGGAAGUGGGGCUUCCUGGCGGGGUUGGUGUGGAGUGUCGGUGCAGACCUGCUCUACCAUGUCGAAAGUGUCCUUUAAGAUCACGCUGACAUCGGACCCGCGGCUGCCAUACAAAGUACUCAGUGUUCCUGAAAGUACUGCUUUCACAGCAGUGUUAAAGUUUGCAGCAGAAGAAUUUAAAGUUCCUGCAGCAACAAGUGCAAUUAUUACCAAUGAUGGUAUAGGAAUAAAUCCUGCACAGACUGCUGGAAAUGUUUUUCUAAAGCAUGGUUCAGAACUCCGAAUUAUUCCUAGAGAUCGUUUUGGAAGUUGUUAAUGUCUGCCACUGGAUCCAUACCUGUCACAAUAAAUAUUGAUAUGUUGUGUUGUUGAAAAAUUGAAAUCAGGCACUUAACAUACUGUGAAAAUACCAAGAGUCCAUGAAAAAUAAUGAAAAGUCAUUCUUCUCUCCCUUGUUUACACGUUGAUGUGAAGAGGGAAUGCUUAGGAAUUGAGGUUAUGACUACUAUAGAAGGUCAUAGUCUGAUUGUUGCCUCAAAGCACAAGCAGGUAGUUCAUCUGAAGUAAAUGGAUUCUCAAACUGGAACUGGAGGAUUCUUCUGAUAAUUUUU